AUGGGGGCCUGCAGGCUAGCCUGGACCAGGACAUAUGAUGCGUGGUCAUCUCAGGGUGAGCAGCAUUAUGGGAGAUGGAGCCUGGAAGGGGAGCGCGUGUGCUGCGAGACGCUGGAGCCCCGAGAAGAGGCUUCCGAGACAGAGAUGAGAUAUGCGCCGGCGGGCUACAAGUUUGCUGUGCCAAUCGACGACAUCUUGAGCGCGCAAGGUGGCUACUUCCAGGCAAAGGAUGGGUCCAAGGCCGCUGAUUGGGAGCUCCCUGCUCGGACGGGGAAGCUCGACGAGGGAAUGUGGGAGCCGGUGCAAGCCACUGAGCCGGAGGCUGUACAUCGCCCAGCGAGGGCAGAUGCGAGGUAUGUGGAGAUCGAUGGAGUGGUCCACGAGGUCGCCGGUGACAUUGUGGCCAACUGGCCUGAGGACCAGUGGCCACGCUUGAUGCGCUGUCGACUACGCUUUGGUAUCCGCGGUUGA